CACCAAGAAGCAUCUCCCAACCCUUCAGAGGGCACCGGCACCUUCAGCCACCUUUCAUUCUCGUGUGUCUCUUCUGAAAAGGUGCACGUGGGGCAAAUUGCUUAGGACAUUAAUUACGACGGGAGGGGACAGAGGUGCCACCGCCUGUCCCCAAUGGGAGUCUUUAUUAAAGACACCUGCAGAAAGCCAGCUCUGGGGGGGGACCCUGAGCCGUUCCCCUUGGUCUCCACCCGCCGAAGUUCGCUCCGCCGAAGCUAGCUGACGUCUCCACCCAGAAGCAGAUCCGCGGCGCUCGCAGAUCUGGUCCCGGUUCCCGGCGCUCCCGGGGAGCCGCGGAGGCCGCGCGGACCGGCGCGGAGCUGGGGAGCCGGGGGCGAGCGCGCCCAGCCUUUCCAGGCAGAAGGCAGCGCGCCCCGCCCGGGCGGCGCCCAGCAUGGAGUGGGAGCUGAAUCUGUUGCUCUAUCUGGCGCUCUUCUUCUUCCUGCUCUUCCUCCUGUUCCUCCUGCUCUUCGUGGUCAUCAAGCAGCUGAAGAACUCGGUGGCCAAUACGGCCGGGACGCUGCAGCCUGGGCGCCUGUCGCUGCACCGGGAGCCCUGGGGUUUCAAUAACGAGCACGCAGUGUGACCGGGCUGGCAGGCUCUCGACUCCGCCGGAGUCCAGGUCUGCGACAUCAUCUGGACCCAGGUUGACGCCCUUCACUGGUGGAGCCCAGGACCAAAACUCCUACCACAGCCUGGGAACCCAGUAAAGCUGGGGUGGUGGAAAUUUUGCAGAAGGCUGAGAAUACAGAAGCUGCGCAGAGGAGAACUGCUGGUAAUUUAAACAAAAGGAGAAACAGGCCCAUCUAGGUUCUUACAUGGUCUCUAUGACUCCCCACAAGGAGAAGGAGGCCGGAAGGAAAAACAGAGCAUGGCAAUGUAGAUGAUGCCUUCAACCAAAAUCCGAGCUCUCUAGAGAAGGACAAUGGUGCUGGCUCUUGGGUGUACAACCAGGAAUCUAUGCCCUGGUUCCAAAGCACAGCUGUGCAGAAAUCAGAGUGUUCAAGAAAGAUGAAACUUGUGGUCCCCCGCUCACAGCUUGUGGUUCCCUCACAGCCCCAAAUGUGGCUGAUCAGAGUGAAGAUGUCUCCCAAGUUCUCAGGAAAUGUUUGUCAGGAUUGGCUCUCUCUCUGGCAGUUGCCAUCCCCUGUACCAGGAUUUUCUAAGUCAUUCCUUCCAUACAUAGUGGAAGGCACUCUGUGCUCAGAAAGGCUACCUCUCUUCCCUCUGCGACUCCACCCUCAGUCCAGGAAUAUCCCGGGAGAUCGCCUCUCGAGCUGCUUCUACUCACAGCCUACGUACUGGCCAAGCAGAGGGAGAAGAAACACUUCCCACACCCAGAGCUGUGCAAAAGAACUUUCUGUGAUAUGAAGCUGUUCUAUAUCUGUGGUGCCCAAUACGGCAACUACUAGUCGCAUGUGUCUAGUAAACACUGAAAGAUGGCUAGCGGGGCUUAAAUUUUAUUUAAUUUCACCUGAGAUGGCCACAUGGGGCUGGUGGCUUCUGAGGGUACAGUUCAUACCAUUCUCUCUUUUGUAUGUGUGUUUUAGAGUCAAAGUGGGGAGGUGGUGGCUAGCCCCGAACUCCACAUCUCAUGGUCUUCACUGCUCUUCUUGCAUUGAAUUUUUAUCCUUGAAGAAAAAAGAGAGGUAGUAUGUUAGAACUAAAUUGAAAAUGUUAUCACCUAUUGCAUGUCUUCUUGUACCAAAUUGGGUAGGUUUUAUUAAUAUGUGAUUGUGGGGGGGAAAAAAAGCAGUGUUGAUUCUUCACAUCCCCCUGAGCCCAGUCCAUGCCCUUGACAGAGGUCAUUUUGUCUUAUGCAGUUUGUUCCAUUUUAGUUCACUUUUUAAUAUUGUAAAUGCCAAACUACCAUUCUGUGUGUGUUUUACUAACUACCUAAUCGUUCAUAUUUUUUAAGGUUGUGAAAUAAAAAAAUAACAAUUAUAUGUAACUCAGGUUUUUUUUUUGUGUGUGUGAUUUUUAGUAACUUGCUGUAACCCAAACUUUAUUGUAUUGGUUAGAAUAUGAUAAAUAAAUGGAAAGAAAUA